AUGGCGGCGCGGCUGAGCCCCCUGCAGCGGGAGCUGCUGGCGGCGCUGCUGGCGUCGGGCGCCUCCCGGGAGGGCCUCCUGCAGGCGCUGGCCGAGCUGCUGCCCCCCGUCAAGCGCGAGGGCGGCCCGCCCGCCUCCCCGCGCCCGCAGCCCGCGCCCCCCGACGCCGCCCUGCCCAACGGCCACGGCCCCCGCGCCCCCAAGCCGCCCGCCGACGACGAGGCCUCCGACGACGGCGACGACUUCGACACGCCGCAGAUCCUGCGCGAGCUGCAGGCCCUCAACACCCACGAGGCCGCCGAGCAGCGCGCCGAGGUGGAGCGCAUGGUCAGCGAGGACCCUUGGCGGGCUGCGAAGAUGAUAAAAGGUUAUAUGCAGCAACACAACAUCCCUCAGAGAGAGGUGGUGGAUGUCACUGGGCUGAAUCAGUCCCACCUUUCGCAGCACCUCAACAAAGGCACACCCAUGAAAACACAGAAGCGGGCGGCUCUCUAUACGUGGUAUGUCCGGAAGCAGAGGGAGAUUCUCAGGCAAUUCAACCAGACAGUCCAGGGUUCUGGAAAUAUGACAGACAAAACCAGUCAAGAUCAGCUGCUGUUUCUCUUUCCAGAGUUCAACCAGCAAAGCCAGGGCGUGGGCCAGAUAGAGGACCCCUGUGCUGAAACGCCUAGUAAGAAGAUGCGUCGGAAUCGCUUCAAAUGGGGCCCUGCUUCCCAACAGAUAUUGUACCAAGCCUAUGAACGGCAAAAGAACCCCAGCAAGGAAGAAAGGGAGGCUUUGGUGGAAGAGUGCAACAGGGCAGAAUGUCUCCAACGGGGCGUGUCCCCUUCUAAAGCGCACGGACUGGGUUCAAAUCUGGUCACAGAAGUUCGCGUCUACAACUGGUUUGCGAACCGGAGGAAAGAAGAGGCGUUUCGCCAGAAGCUGGCCAUGGAUGCCUACAGUACGGGCCAGCCUCAUAGCAUGAACCUUUUGCUUUCUCACAGUUCCCCUCACCACACACAGCAGAGCUCUUCCCCCCCAAGCAAAAUGGCAGGAGUCCGCUACAGCCAGCAAGGCAGCAAUGAAGUCACUUCCUCCUCAACCAUUAAUCACCAUGGUAACAACGCCAUGGUGACCACCAGCCAGGCUGUCCUCCAGCAAGUAUCUCCAGCAGGUUUGGACUCAAGCCACAGCCUCCUCUCACCGGAUGGUAAAAUGAUUACGGUUUCUGGAGGUGGGCUGCCCCCUGUUAGUACUCUUACCAGCAUCCACAGCUUUUCCCAUCACAACCAACAACAAUCCCAGAACCUCAUCAUGACGCCGUUAUCAGGAGUCAUGGCUAUCACACCAAGCCUCAACAGUUCCCAAGCACAGAGCGUCCCCGUCAUCAACAGCGUGGCCAGCAGCCUGGCAGCCCUCCAGCCCGUCCAGUUCUCCCAGCAGCUUCAUAGCCCACACCAGCAGUCCCUCCUGCAGCAGUCGCCCAACCCCAUGGCCCAGCAGCCAUUCAUGGCCACGGUGGCGGCCCAGCUGCAGAACUCACACAGUAAGGAUCUUGUCAGUGUAUGCACACAAGCAGGAACCCCCCCAAUAUUCCCACACAUCCCGGUUCCCUUCAGCCAUGGUGGUCACGGAUGCCAGCAGCAUCAAUUCCUUAACCAGUAUGUCUUCCAGUAAACAGUGUCCACUGCAAGCUUGGUGAUACU